AGUCAGAGUGAAAGUAAAAUAGUUCAACUGCGAACCAAGACGGGGUCAGUUCAUCUGGAUACUUCAAAACUCCUAAGAACUUCACAAAUCCAGUGUGUGGGUCUUCCAGUGAGUUGGAGAGGACUGAGGAACCAUGGCACAGUUUGAAACCUUGACAUGGACUAUACCUAUUAUAUUGGUGCUUGAAAGCAUUGGAUCCUGUAUCACAUGUGGUAGAGCUGAGUACAGAAUAGGGGAUGAAUGUUCUCCCGUGUGUUUAAAAGGAUAUCAUGUACAUAGUCAUUGUACUAAAUCUAAACAUACACCUUCCUGUGUGCCUUGUAUUGACUCCACCUUCCUUGAUGAGCCCAGUGGUAAAACAACAUGCAACAACUGUACCACAUGUGAUCCAGGUUUUGGUUUGAAGGUAAAGCAGCCAUGUAGACCUUCAUCAGACACUGUCUGUGGGACACUGGAGGGGUUCUACUGUCUAGACCCAACUAAGGAUGGUUGUAGAGCAGCCCAGAGACACAGCAGCUGUAAACCUGGUCAAUACAUCAACCACACAGGAACAACAUCUACAGAUACUGUGUGUUCUGACUGUACUGGUGACACCUAUUCAGAUGGAUCAUUUACAUCCUGCCAGCCACACACACAAUGUGAUACCUUGAAGCUUCAGCAAAUUAAACCUGGAACUCAUUGAUCCGACUCUAAAUGUGGACCACAGACCUCCCUUUCCAUUGCUGAAAUAAUAUCUGCUGCUGAUGCUGUGGUGGUGGUGUUACUAGCUGUGAUGGCAGCAGUAGCUAUUAGAAGAAAAAUGAAAGGUCCUAUAUCUGGUGAGAUUAUUUUGGGGAAUUGUACAGUUUCAUUUAUUGUUUUAAUUGCCCAGAUGAACAACUGAAUCCAACUGAAUCAAAUCAUAUCUUUAUUUGUCAAAUGUGCCGAAUACAACGGGUGUAGACUUUACCGUGAAAUGCUUGCUUACAAGCCCUUCCAAACGAUGCAGUUAAAAAAUAAAAUACAAAAUAGUAACAUGAU